UAUAUAAUUUUUAUUUUGAUAUGGUAAUAAGUGUUGACUGGGAUAAGAUGAGGCCCUUGAUUACUAAAAUUAAAAUUUUGGAGAAAAUUACUAAAAUAAAAUAUUUUUUUGAAUAAAGGGUUUGGGGUGGAUAAUUACAAUGUGGGGCUGAGACCGAGGGAAUUGAGACACAGAAAGGUCAGGUUCAGUCUGGGCGAAAAACAGGCCCGCCCGCCCCUUCGCUGUUAUUUCUUGGACAUAAAAAUCUAUCUCCGGAAGGCAAAACGCAAAAGCGUCGGGAUUGGGAACCGCUCAAUUAUGACUCAUUGUAUAUCUUACCUCGCUUCUUCCUUUUCCUUGAACACCGUUAGCAAAUAUUCCGCAAGCUCAAACAACGGCUAUCGUCCAUCACCAACUGCUUCACUUCCAGUUUCUACGCUGCUAUUCUCAUCUUUUUCCCAAAAUUUCCCGAGAAACGGGAAAUUGGUCUCACGCAAAAGCGGAUACUAUCUCGCAAAACCUGCUGAACAAGAUUUGGAUACAAGAGAACCCUCCCCAGAAGUUUCUGGAGAAAAUGAUGGCAAUACAUCCACUAGUUUUUUAUCUAUCCUUUGUCCCCUCCUCCGGUUAUUCUCUGUAGCAACAUCUUCCUUAUCCACUUUGGCAAGAUUUCCUUGGGGAUCAAGAUCACUUUCAGAGAGCUUAGAGAGCCAGGAUAUAAUCAUUUCUGAUCCUCCCAUGCGUAUGCAACUCUUUGAAUUUGAGGCAUGCCCCUUUUGCAGAAGGGUUCGAGAAGCAUUGACAGAGCUGGAUCUUUCUGUAGAGGUCUACCCUUGUCCUAAAGGUUCUUUAAGACAUAGGGAAAUGGUUAGAAGCUUUGGUGGAAAAGAGCAGUUUCCCUUCCUCAUUGACCCAAAUUCUGGAAUAUCAAUGUAUGAAAGUGGUGAUAUAGUCAAAUACCUAUUCAAGCACUAUGGUAAAGGGAGAAGCCCCUCAAUGGGCCUUUUAGAAAGCACAUUGUUCACUGGAUGGAUGCCAACAAUUCUUAGAGCAGGCCGAGGAAUGAUGCUUUGGGACAAGGCAAGACAAGACCCACCAUCAAGAAAGCUGGAACUUUUCUCAUAUGAGAAUAAUCCAUAUUCACGAAUUGUACGAGAGGCACUUUGUGAGCUAGAACUUCCUUACAUCCUUCAGAAUGUGGGAGAAGGGUCUCGACGGACAAAAUUACUCCUUGAUGCAUCUGGAUCCAAAGAGGUGCCCUAUAUAAUGGAUCCUAACACUGGUACUCAAAUUGGUGAUUACAAGAAAAUAUUGUCUUAUUUGUUCAAGACAUAUUCAGCAGCCACUGUAUAGUUUUUGAUGAGGAGAUAUUAUUGGGGACUAUCAGAGAGCUGGAUAUACAUGUUUUUCAUCUUCCAUGCUUUUGCAACUCUUUGAAUUUCGUAAGCUUCUUGCUGAUCGAUCAUGAAUUUAGCUCAUCAUUUACUUGUAAAAGGCAGAAAAGUCACCCCUUUUACAUUCUGUAUUAAAGGGUUCAAGAAUGUUUAGCAAUGUGAUUUAUUUUAUUUUAUGGAAACAUGCACUCAACUUUUGAGGGAUUAUCUGGUUUGAUCCUUAAGUUUUUGAAUUUUAUCUUAUAAAAAGUAUCUCAUAAAAAUGGAUUUAAGUAUCUUUUUAUAUAUCAUAUCUUAUGGUCAUAUUUUCUCAAUAUGAGAUUGGGGGUGUCAUAAACUUAAUUUAAAGGUAGAAAAGCCUUUUAUACAAUUUAAAUUCUGAGGUUCAAGAAUGUUUAGUAAUGUUAUUUUACUUUGUUUCUAACCUUUUUUAAUGGAUGAUUUAGAUAGAAGAAAAACAACCCUACAUUUAUUGGCAGUAUAUAACAAUUUAAAAUUUCUUGAUAAAGUUUAGAUCUGUUAAUUCGUAUAAUCGUAUUAUGUUUUGUGUUAGAUGCGAUUUCAAAUACGACAAAUAGUCUUGAUAUGGAUAUGAAAUAAGUACUUAAAUGAUACAAAUUAUUUAAAUAUAAACAUAAUAUAUUUAUUAUAAAUGUUAUAUGUGAUAUGAUAUGAUUAACAUGUUUUAAUUUAUUUUGAAUGAUUAAUAUGAUAUAACAUAAUUAAUACGUUAGACAUGAUUGAUAUAAUUAAACACGAUUGAAACUAAAAUAUCUAAUCAAUCAAUCAAUGUUAAACCAAAAUGAUAACAUAGUAAAAAUAUUAAAAUUCUAAAUGCAUUCAACACUUUAAUCAUAUGUUUUCAUGAGAAAAAGAAUAUAAAUAUAGCAUAAAUAUAAUUAAUAACUAAAAAAGGAUGUCACUUACAUGGUAACGUAAUUAAAAUGUGAUUAAUUAAUUAAUUGUGUUUUAAAUAUGUAACAUACAUGAGACAUGAAACAUGACACAUACAUGAGACAUGAAAUAUG